GGAAGGGAAGGGAAGGAAAGGAAAGGAAAGGAAAGGUAAUCGUAUGUAUAAUUGCCUUAUUGGCGAUUAUACAUUGAAUUCUAAUCAAAUCACUCUUUCCAAUUUCUUUUUAUUAUGAUUAUGAUUACAAAGUGUACCAUCCAAUGAAUCAGAGCUACUUUUUGGCUUAACUGCAUCACCAUCACCUCAAAUAAUUAAUCACCGAAUGGUUGCAUCCCAAAUGUUCAGCAUCAACAAAUAAUAUCAUUUUCCUUCCACCUUUUAUUCCCCAUUGCGCCAAUCUGUAAAAUCUUAAAAAGACAGGCAUAUUUAAUUAACACUUGGCUCCCUCUUCCUCCUCCUGCCGUAUCAGCAAGAUGGUUGACACAGCAAUGGCUAAUCUUAUCUAGGCUGAGCUUUGCUCUGAUAAAAAAAUUCAGCUUUUACAACCCUCCAAGAGUAGAAAAAGCAGGAGGACGACUGAAGAAAGACCUUCUUGCAACUGCAAGCCAGAGCAACACAAUGAAGACACAAAACAUUCUGGCUCUCAAUUUGAUCCUUCUAGCUGGUGUGGUCUGCUAUCCAGCUGUCCAGAAGGAGAAGACAGCAGGCGUCCACAAGCUCCUCCUGAUUUCCUUUGAUGGCUUCCGAUGGAAUUACGAUCAGGAUGUCGAUACUCCACACAUGGAUUACUUGGCUAAAGAAGGAGUGAAAGCAAAAUACGUCACACCUCCCUUUGUGACCAUGACUUCGCCUUCGCAUUUCACCAUUAUCACCGGUCGCUGGAUUGAAGAUCAUGGAGUCAUCCAUAAUAUGAUGUUCAACCCGGAAACUCUACGGAAGUACGGCUUUAAAGAAACCCAGAACAAGACCGAAUGGUGGGACAACGGAGUUCUUCCCCUCUGGAUCACAGCUCAAAAUCAGGGGAGAAAAACUGCCUCUUUUCACUAUCCAGGGGGCAACGCCAACUACAGUGGUCAGUCGGUCACGAGAUCUUUGGCAGAAUCCUCCAAUCACCCCGACAAAAAUGAGACCGAGUGGAGAGAGAACAUCGACAUAGUCAUGAACUGGUUUGCUAAAGAAGACUUUGAUUUUGUCACCCUUUAUUACGGGGAACCUGACAAUACUGGACAUUAUGUUGGCCCCGAGACCGAGGCUAGGAAAAAAAUAAUCCAACAAAUUGACCGAACUCUCGGCUACCUCCUCACUUCCAUAGAAAAACACGGGUUGAAAGAUACCCUCAAUGUCAUCAUUACAUCCGACCAUGGCAUGACCACCGUCAAAAAGGAACCAGAGAUCAAAGAGAUCUUGUUGAAAGAUUCCAUUAAAUUCAAAGAUCUUGUGAAGUUUGACAUCGUUGAUUACGGAGGAUUUGGGAUGAUUUUACCCAAAAAAGGGAAAGAAGAAGAAAUUUAUCAGAAAUUAAAAAAAGCUCACCCACAUCUGCGUGUCUACAAAAAGGAAGAGUUUCCUGAACAUUUCCAUUAUGCCAAGCACGAACGAGUGUUGCCCAUCCUGCUUUAUGGGGAUCCUGGUUACGUGAUCAACGGGAGAUUUAUUCUCUACAUCAACAAAGGGGACCACGGUUUCGACAACGAAGCCAUGGACAUGAAGACCAUCUUUAGAGCUUUCGGUCCAGAUUUCAAGAAGGGGUAUUUAGCGGAACCUUUCGACAGCAUCCAUAUUUAUCCUUUGAUGUGCAAGCUCCUAGGAGUCCAGCCAGAACUGAACAAUGGCUCCUUGGCGUUGACUGAAGACAUGCUGAGCUCGUCAAACCUUUAUCAGGGCUAAUCGGGCCAAAGCCUUGUUCCUCUCCUCAGUUUGGGGACCCUCAGUCUCCUCUUCCUCCUAAUGGCCAUCUAGCUUUGACAUGAGGUAAAUAAUCCACCAUCAAAGA